UGAUGUUUGUGACAGUACGAACUCCAGUGACUCCCUCCACCUCUGCCUCUCCCUUUCUCCAUCGCGUAGACCAUGAUGAUGUGAUAUUUACUUUCCGUUCAUAUUGUAUCUAGAUGCGCACUUUAUCUCGUUGGGGAAUUUAGUUUUUAUUUGGCUUUCUUGUAUAUCAAUAUUCCUAUUUCUGUUGUUGAUCUUUGUUGCGAAGAACAAGUGAAAUCAGUAGGGGAUAAAGCGCAGAAUGGUUAGAGGAAAUACACACCAUCGUUUUCAUAGAAGAGAGAAGCAAGGGCUGUAGUUUCCAAGAAAACUUCUGAGACAGUAGCAUUAAAUUUUUUUGAGAUCGUCAUACAUGGGUUGAAUUUUCAUUCGCGAACAGAGGUUAUCAGAAUCAUGACGGACACAGAAGCCGCCACACUUUCUGGCGGCACAGGCACGGCCGAGACCCGAGCAACGCAAAACGAAUCGAUUGCGAGCGGUGAGGAGGAGGUUCUUACAUCAUACUAAACUGCUAGGUUUUUUUUUACUGAAUGGCCUUGAGCAAAAGACUGACCACAACUCAUUAGAUUAGGUCUUAAAGGUUUACAGCUUGUGAAGAGCUCACUGCUAUUCAUGAUGACGUAUUAAAUAGACAGUCUAUGAUAAACCCCGCUGAGUCGUUUCCUAAAAAACCUGCUCUGUCUUGGGUGCAGCGCAUCAUUAUGUGCAAAAUUUUCAUAAAAGUCUUUCCUAAGAUAAAUAUACUUUCUUUUUCUUACGGCUCUCAUUCUCACUCUACUUCAGUUGUUCUACCCGACCACGAACCCGCUGCUGGCUGAACUCUAUCUCAUAUGCGAUGAACUAUAUAAUUGGGAGCUUGAGACUGUGCGGCAGACCGCGUUGUGUGCGCUGGGUGAGGAAAAAACGGAGGUAAUGACGUGGGAUUCUAGAGCCAAUAUCAAGGAAGGACGAGAAGAGAUCACAACCACAUUGUUUACUUACAGAAAUAAAUACACCUAUGGUACUGUAACUAAAGGGUUUCUUCUGAAACUACAUCAUUUCACUUUCAAGCCGCAAUUUUAUGUGAAAAAACAUCGUAGAAAUGAAAUGUCUCAUCUAGCGUGGGACCCUAGCCCUCACCCUUAUGAUAUCAGUUUCUUUUGUCCGGAAUCCACAACGACGACGAAGAGGCUUUGCGAAAGACUGCGGUUUUGCUUACGAAGUCCGACGUUGACACUAUCGCGCGCUUAUUCGCCUAUUUCGGCAUUCCGCCUGACGAUUGUGCUUUCGUUGUAUUUAUUGCUUUAAACAGCAUGAUGACUUGACUGACUGUGAAUCUAUCAGGAGGUGUCUAUGUGGUCUAGCAAAUAUGUAUUUCUAUCGUUAUCCUUUUUCCUAGGGAAGUAGGUACUAGAAGAAGGACUUCUGCUGGAGACGUCCAAGUGUGGAUGAGACGCCCUAGACAGUUUUAGGUAGUAGCAUCUAAUUGAUUCUAUUUUUAACCCAAUAGAAGUAGUUCGAGUGACUGAGUGAGUAACUUCUUUCCGUCUACAACUAACAAGAUCAGCUACGCUAUUUUUAAGGGCUCCGGGGUUGCAUCCUUCACUACCAUUCUUCUGGACUUUUUUUCAUUCAAUAGGAAAUGGAACGAAGGUCAAGGAUGAUCGGAAGAAUGCCAUAAUAAAUUGCACAAGAAUGAUUGGAACUCUCUCUGUCUCCCUCCCUGUCUCCCUCUCUCUCUCUCUCUCUCUUUCUCACUCUCUCGCACUCUCUUUCUUUCUCUCUCUCUCCCUCCAUCUCUCUCUCUCUCUCCGUCCAUCUCUCUCCCUCUCUCUGUCUCUCUUUCUCACUCUCUCUCUCUCACUCUCUUUCUUUCUCUCUCUCUCUGUCAGGGUGGGGGCGACGUGAAUGACAAGAGCCUGGCGAGAUGGCUUGAUAGUACAUUGAAGUGGAUUUUUCGGACGCGAGAUAGCGCAUUGAUGAAGUGCCGCGAUAUGGAUGCCAAAGCGGGGAUAUUGGUACUUUAAUCGGCUGUAAAUGACACAGCUUUCAUCUUCUGGUCGAAUCGAAAAACUGAAAUAACCGAGUAUGCUACGGAAUAACCUAAGAUACUCGGUUAUCAUGUUUGUUACAACUUGCUUAUCUCAGUUUUUGUUCUUUGUGACGCAGUCUUCUUCAAUCUUCUUGAAAACGGCACUUCAAUCUUCGUGAACAAAGCAACAUCUAAGUGACGCAACAACAUUUCAGUCUUCUUGAAAACACGACGGAAGUAGUGACACCAAUCUUCUCUCCUAAGAGCGAGUGUAUCUAAAAGUUGUUGGGCUACCCAGGAGGGGAGUACAUGCGUAAUUAGAAGGUGAAAGAAUGUAAAAGUUGUUGGUCUACCCAGGAGGGGAGUACAUGCGUAAUUAGGAGCUGAAUUUGCUGAAUUCACUCCAAAUAUUAGAAGGAGGGGAAUACUGCGUAAUUAGGAUUCUCCUUGUAGUAGAGAAGUCGACUACUUACACUACUGCAAGAGACGCAAUCAGAGUCCUUCGUUUCCCACUCCAGAAUUGCUGCGCGUGGUUCAGAAAUAUGACUAGGAGCAAGACGAGCGUUUGGGUUUGUAGGUAUGAGCGCGACGGCCUGUGCGAAGCUACCAGAGAGGGAGCUGAUUACUGUGCAGCUGAGAGGACGCUGAGACAUGAACUCCUGCGGUACAACUCCUAAUCGCUCUUGAGUGUGAAUAAAUUAUAGAGAAUCGCGUCACCGAAUCGUAAGAUAGUGUGCCAUUCCCACCAACUUCAAUACCAUCAUGAUCAUCGUCACAUCCUCAUCAUUACGACCACGACCCCACAGAUCCUAUCUCUCCGAAGCUGAGUACAACGCGACAACUCGUUGGCUGUAUCGUGGAAGAGCUUUCCGCAAAUUUUUUGGGGGAGCUUUUUUGGCAUUCUCAGCGUUCCUGUCGCAAGAUCUUUGGCAUGUUUAAGAUCUUUUAAUCUUGCAACGAAUUAGUUUAAGGGUAGGUUAAAGGUGCUUUUCUUACCGCUUUUUAUGCCUCUCCUAAGGGAGAAAGGCAUAACAAGCAGGGUAAGCGAGCACCAAAAACCUACCUCUAAUUAGUACAACUAGCCGUAUUGAGUGUUUCCUUGUUGAAGAUGCCUAUGAAAAUUCUUCCUUGCUCUUUCAUCAUUGAGCCUAUUUUGUAUGUGGUUAGAGUGUUCUGAAUGGCACAGCAGAUUUCUCUGGUACAAUUCAAAAGAGAAACUUGUCACAUCAUAAUUGGAGAGAACUCACACAAGUUUGGGUAGUCAGCAAUACCGAACACGUUCGUGGACAGGAAGAUAGUCGCAACAGCUACAUUCACGAUUCACCUACAUACGCCUAGUCUCCUCUAUAAUGUGUACUAUCUUGUUAGCACUAAGUAACUCUAUGAGCCUCUGAUAUGCACUAAGAGGGUCACUUGUUAGCUCUUUAUGUUAAAAGAAUAUCAAUAUCCAGUUAACACUAAGUGCAACAUUUGCUUCCUCUAACAUGUCCAAGCGCGUCGGCGCGGCUAUCUGCGAGGCUCGGGGCGAUUCUUGGGCGACGAAGUAGAGGAAAACGCUUUCGAUGCGGUUGACCACAACACACAGGAUGGCGAAGAAAAUUUUCUCGAGAAGGCCAAUUCCGAUGGGCGCUCUAAGUUCGUCAGCAGUUCUCCCAGUACAGGAAGAGGGCUUGCUCGGAAAGAUUCCUCGAAGACGAGCAAACCUAAAACGGCUGAAACCGGAGGUGCUGUCGCUCAGACAAUGGCUGCAAACGAAGGUGCUGUCGCUCAGACACCAGCCGAAACCGAUAGUAGAGGUACUGGCGCUCAGACAAUGAGCGGAAGCGGAAGUUGUUGCGAUGAGACAAUGGCGAA